UCAUGGGGCUGUGACAAGGAUUCCACGAGAGGGUGAUGAGGUGGUGCCUGUGGCACAGUGCGUGUCACUUAGUCAGUGCUCUGGGAUCUGCAGCUGUUAGAUUAUAACAAUUUAUCAUGCAUCUGUGUUCUCACCUGGAGCGUGGGACAGUAAUCCCUGUCAUCCUGGCUUCAAGGCCAUGGUGUCACCUGUGUGAGCUAUGGGGUCAGUGCAGAUGGCAAUUCUGUCGCUCAAAGCCCAGCCCAGCCCUGCAGGGGGAGGGAGACCAUCCAGUUCCCAGGACCAGGGGAAGCUGGGUGACAGCCUCAAUCCAUCAAUGAUAACCUCAGUCCAGUGAAACUUUAUGGGCCCACGAGGUACUUAAGUGUCUGUGGGGUGAAGGUGAGCCCAGUUCUGCUUCCUCCACGCAGGCUGCUGCCCAGAGCAGGUAGGCAGGUGUGGGGUGGGGGUGAGAGCACCCCGGGCCUUGGGAGACCAGCCAUCAGCUUUGAGAGCAAGGCCCCAAGGGACAGUGGUGGGUCUGGGCCAGAGCUGGAUCCCCUGUUCCCAGCAGCUCAGGGUCUAGCUACUCUGCAACCUACAAGUGGAAGAGGAGCUUGGGGAAGCCUCAGGCUCCUGAGGGUGUAGAUCUCAGCUCCCCCCGCCCCCUCCCAUGCCGGCUGAGCUCUGGAGGGGUGGGGGUAUGCUUUGUCUGCUCUGCAGCUUCCUCCCCCUGGUCUACCGACACAGGGUGAAGGCUGGGGGUGGGGGGUGGGGGUGGGGUGUGUGUGUGCACGCGAUCAGAGUUGAAGGGAGGUUGCCUGGGGAACUAAGCUUGGCGAUGAGAAGGCGAGCUAAGGAGAAGGCUUGCUGAGGGGAGGGACAGCUCUGGGGGCAGCUCUUGUGACCUCCUGCCCCAGGCCCCCAGCACCAUGACGGUUUCAUACACCCUCAAAGUGGCGGAGGCCCGCUUCGGAGCCUUCUCUGGCCUGCUCCUCCGCUGGCGGGGAAGCAUCUACAAGCUCCUCUACAAGGAGUUCCUCGUCUUCGUCGCCCUGUAUGCCCUGCUCAGCAUCACCUACCGGCUGCUGCUGACUCAGGAGCAGAAGCACGUGUAUGCUCAGGUGGCCCGAUACUGCAACCGCUCUGCGGACCUCAUCCCCUUGUCCUUUGUCCUGGGUUUCUACGUGACCCUGGUGGUGAACCGCUGGUGGGCCCAGUACACAAGCAUCCCACUGCCGGACCAGCUGAUGUGCGUCAUCUCGGCCAGCGUGCACGGCGUGGACCAGCGUGGCCGCCUGCUGCGCCGCACCCUCAUCCGCUAUGCCAACCUGUCGUCGGUGCUGGUGCUGCGCUCGGUCAGCACCCGCGUGCUGAAGCGCUUCCCCACCAUGGAGCACGUGGUGGACGCAGGUUUCAUGUCCCAGGAAGAGAGGAAAAAGUUCGAGAGCCUGAAAUCCGACUUCAACAAGUACUGGGUCCCCUGCGUCUGGUUCACCAACCUGGCAGCUCAGGCGCGGAGGGAUGGGCGAAUCCGUGACGACAUUGCUCUCUGCCUGCUCCUGGAAGAGCUGAACAAGUACCGGGCCAAGUGCAGCAUGCUUUUUCACUAUGACUGGAUCAGCAUCCCCCUCGUCUACACCCAAGUGGUGACCAUAGCAGUAUACUCGUUCUUUGCCCUCUCCCUGGUUGGCCGCCAGUUUGUGGAGACAGAGGCAGGCGCUGCCAAGCCUCGGGAGCCUCUGGAGCCAGGCGGGAAGCUAGGGCCAGCGCUGGGGGACCUGGACAUGUAUGUGCCUCUCACCACUCUGCUGCAGUUCUUCUUCUAUGCUGGCUGGCUCAAGGUGGCUGAACAGAUCAUCAACCCCUUUGGUGAGGAUGAUGAUGAUUUUGAAACCAACCAGCUCAUAGACCGCAACUUGCAGGUGUCCCUGCUAUCCGUGGACGACAUGUACCAGAACCUGCCUCCGGCCGAGAAGGACCCCUACUGGGACGAAGACCUGGCGCUGCCGCCCUACACUGUGGCCACGGUGGCCGAAUCGCUGCGGCCUUCCUUCCUGGGCUCCACCUUCAACCUGCGCAUGAGCGACGACCCGGAGCAGAGCGUGCAGGUGGAGGCGUCCCCCGCCUUGGCCCGGCCGGUGGCCCCCGCGCAGACCCCGCUGCUGGGCCGCUUCCUGGGAGUAGGAGCGCCCUCUCCCGCCAUCAGCCUCCGGAACUUCGGCCGCGCACGGGGAGCCCCCCGCACUCCUCACCUGCUGCGCUUCCGGGCUGAGGAGGGCGGCGACCCCGAGGCCGCGGACCGCAUCGAGGAGGAGGAGGCUGCGGAGUCAGGGGAUGAGGCCGGGCAGCCCUGAGCAGAGGCGGAAGGGCCGUCCCGCCGGCUUCCCCCAGGCCCGCCCCCGCCCCUCCCUCCAACGCCCACUUGGCGGGCCGCGCCGGGUCCUGCCCUCCGGCUCUGCUAGAGCAGCACUUCCCGGGUGCCCUGAGCCGGAGCAUUUAGGGACGGACCUUGAAAGAGGAAGAUGACGGGAAGGGCCUGAGCCAGGGCUGGGAAUGUGCCCACCUUGGAGGGAGAAGGUAGGAUGGAUUGCUUGGCGGAGGUGAAGCUAAAAGGAUACAUGGGGCGAGGCAUAGAGGACGAGAGCCCAGGAGCGCUCAUUUCCUUGGCAUUGGGGGCCAGGGUGGGGGUCCGUUCUCAAACUGGAGGGGGCAUCAGCAUUACUGUUUGUUAAACAAUUCUGAGUACCACUGCCAGCGUUUGAUUCAUUCCGUCUGAGAUGGAGCGCAAGAAUUUGCGUUUCUAGUAAGUUCCCAGGUGAUGCUGCUGCUGCUGUCUAGGGAUCACAAUUGGAGCCAUACAUAAAAAGAUGUGUAGAAGGGUCUAUCUUAUCCUGAUAGCCUUACUUUGAAGAGGGGUCAAAGUGUGUAUGCUGGGGGACUUUUGAUUUAUCUGUAAUGUUCAGUUUUUCGUUUACAAUGAGAAUGUAUUCAUUUAUUACUUGUGCAAUUACACUCGUUUAAAAUUGAACUGGCAUGCUAGUGCUAGGAUAAAGGUAUGGGAAUCUGCCCUAGAGGCUGAUGAAACUCAGAUGUGAAGGCAGCCACACACCACUCAGCCUCGACUUUCAACCUGUGGGUGGAGUGCCUAUCUCUUCUCUGCUCCCACCAAACGGGGAGAAGGGCAGUUUAAGGGAUGCCAGCUGCGGUCCAUCUCCAUGGUGGGCCUGCGGUGCUGGGAGCAUGCAAUAGAUGGUAAGAGGGCGUGUGAACAGCCCUCCUGGGGAGCACUGGAUUGGAGUUGUUGCUAAAUUUACCUCCUCGAAGAUUCCUGCCCUCUAAGCUCAGCCUCCACUAAAGAAAUUGGUAAAUGCCAAAACUGAAUGUUACGGCCAAAGGAUGACCAAUGCCAGCAUUCAGAGAGGAGGCAGGAGAGUGUAGCCUCUGCCAUUGUCGACUGACUGGAUUGUAACACUGGCUUUGCUACUUUCCUGCUGUGUGACCAAGGGAUACUGAACAUUUCUAAGCCUCAGUCGCCAAAUCUAUAAUGUGGAGACAAUAGCACCCAAUGAUCGCCAUUCCCUCAGAAGGUAUUUGAGGGGUUUCACUGGGUUUACAGGGUUAGGUAGCCUUGCUUCAGGGCAAGAAUGGUCAUCCGUGAAGGCAGUGGAGAGGGACAGUGAAUGGAUUCAAGACUUUAGAGAAGGAACUCACUGGUCCUAUUGAUAGAGGUAGAAGUGAAGGAGGGGGAGGAAAGAUCAAUGUCUUGUAAAGCUCAAAUUAGAAAAUAAGGGCAGGGGGCCAGCCCGGUGGUGCAGCAGUUAAGUGCGCACAUUCCACAUUGGUG